AUGAGUCGAAUCUCCGAUCUCAUGUUUCACGGUCACCGUCGUCUCAGAGGUUUUCUCCACCGCAACACUUUCUCCCAACCACCACCACCAACCUCAAAAUGUCAACUGAAACCCUUCUUCCCCUACCCAUUAUCAAUAGUAUCUCAUAACUUGUUCUCAACCACUUGUGAUUCUUCUGAUAAACAAUCCUUCACCGUUUCCUACUUGACAAACACUUGUGGCUUCUCAUCCCAAGCUGCUCUCAAAGCAUCCAAGCGAGUUCGUUUCAACGACGCAAACAAGCCCGAUUCGGUUAUCGCCUUCUUCACAAACCAUGGUUUCUCCAACUCUCAGAUACACAGCAUCAUUCGCAGGGUACCAGAGGUUCUUCUAUUCGACCCCACCAAAAGGGUUUUGCCAAAGUUUCAAUUUCUAGCCUCCAAAGGUUCUGACAUUGUCACCACUGUCACUAGGACCCCGUAUUUCAUGCUUAAAAGCCUCGAGAAUCACAUAAUACCUGCAUUUCAAUUUGUAAGGAGAUUCUCUCCAUCUGAUGAAAAAGCAAUAGUUUGUGCCCUUUUUGGUUCCACUAACAUUACUAUUCAUCACAUGAAAUCAAAAGUUAAAUUGUUGCUUGAUAUGGGAGUCACUCCCGCAAACAUAUACCUUUUGCUUAUUACUGGGCCCUCUUUGCUCAGAUGUGCUGACUUGAAGGAGGCUGUGGAGGAACUCAAGGGAUUGGGAUUUCAUCCCUCCAAAGCGCUUUUUGUGGUAGCAUUACAGGCCAAAAGGGCUAUAACCAAAUCUCUUUGGGAUGCCAAACUCGAUGCCUUCAAGAUAUGGGGCUGGUCUGAAGAUGCUAUUCUGGAUGCAUUUAGGAGGAAUCCCCACAUUAUGCUAUACUCAAUCAAAAAAGUUAAUGCAGUCAUGAGUUUUUGGGUUGGCUAUCUUGGUUGGGACCAUUCAGUGCUUCAAGCACAGCCGGCUCUUUUUGGAUUUAGUUUGGAGAAAAGGCUUAGGCCAAGGGCUUCAGUUCUCCAGUAUCUUCUCUCCAGAGGUUUGAUCAAGAAGGAUGCUAGCUUAACUACACCAUUUAUGUAUACUGAUAAGUUGUUCCUGCAAAAGUUUGUGAAUAGUUUUGAGGAGGAGGAAACAUCUAAGCUACUAAGUCUAUAUCGGGAAGAACACUAGCAUCUAGCACUCACUUAGAGCCUUCUGUUUAAGUCACAAUUCUGAUCUAUAUCACUAAUUUGAUAUUUUGCAUUUAAGUGGUGCAAGAAAAUUAUUUGUUUCAUGGUUAGAGAAUUUGUUUCUUUCAUUGCACAUAUGUUCUGUUUCAAAGAGGUGGAUGGAUUCAUGUCUAAUUCUCAGGAAUCAUGGAUUAGAACGUUGCUUGAAGAGUGCAAGUAGGUAAAUGAUUCAAAUGUCCUUUCCCUUGUUUUGGCAGUUCAAUUAAGCCGAAGCAGAAUGAUAAAAUAUAAAAAAAAUGCUUGUCUGGCCUAGGGAAACUUGAGUGAUUGAAUAGUUUAUUCUGACUAUGUUGUAAGCUAAUUUUGUCGUGAAAAGUGCAUAGCAUCCCUUCUCUCAUAUCUUUUUCUUGCCAAAUGACACGUAUUGAAUGGAGUUGUAGAUACUAUUCAUAAAGAAGUUAAAACUAUAACUGUUGCUUGGAAUUUGGGGAUUUGUUGAGAAUUUUGACCAGGUCCCUGAUAUCAUAAGUUCAUUCAGAUCUUGUUCUUUGUUUAUCAAUGUAUGCGUUACACCUUUGAACUGUAUAAGUCAUUUUUGCUUCAAGAAUUUGUUUCCUGUCUGAAAAGAAAAACAUAUCUGAGUUCAAGUUUAUUGAUUUGUUGGUCUAACCGGCUGAGGUUAAGCUGAGUUGUAUAACCAUGGACACAGACAUGCGGCGGGCAUGGUGUGUGUGUGUGUGGAAUAAUAUCAAUUUGCUUCUUCUUCUUGGCUGGUUCCACUUGUGUGUGUGUGUGUGAGCGGGAGUGGUGUGUGUAAAUAAAAAUGAGAUUGAAUUGCUCUAGAUGGAUGAGUGGUGGGAAUGGAUCCUUCCCCUCUCUUUCUAAAACAUCUCUUUCUAAAUGUUGAUAAAUAGCAAGAAACUUAUCAGUAGUCAUGGAUGCUCACAAAUAGGACAAUAGACAUAUUUUGAUGAAGAAGGAUGCUAGAUUAAGUAAUCCAUUUUUUUACUGAGGAGUUGUUCCUGCAAAAGUUUGUGACAAGUUUUGAGGAGGAGGAAACAUCUAGGAUACUAAGUCUAUAUCAGGGAAGACGUGAGCACCUGACUCUCGGUUAACUUAGAGCCUUCUGUUUAAGUCACAAUUCUAAUCUAUAUCACUAAUUUGAUAUUUUCCACGUAAGUGGUCCAAGAAAAUUAAUUGUUCCAUGGUUGGAAAAGUUGUUUUUUUUUCAGUGCACAUAUGUUCUUUUUUCAAACAGGUGGAUGGAUUCAUGUCUUAUCCUCAGGAAUCAUUGAUUAGAACGUUGCUUGAAGAGGGCAAGCAUCCCUGAUUUUUUCUGAUCAAGUGCUUGUCUCGAGGACUACCUCUCAUUUUGUACUGUACUCUUGCUUUUCACUGGACCAGGCUUCAAUGUGAUCUAUCACUUCAGAGGAAAUAGAGAAUUUCCUCGGCUAAGAAUUGGGAUUGGGAAGCCUCCUGGGCAAAUGGAUCCUAAAGCAUUUUAGCUUCAAAUGUUUAAUGUACCAGCUAGACAAUGAAUUGAUGAAGCUUUGCAAGAGGGUGUUAAUGCCUUGAAGAUCCUUCUAUCCAAAAAACUUGGAAGUGAGUGCAAAAAACAAGGAGCAGAAAUAUAAGCACUUGCGAGUGUGGAUUUUAACAGUAUGAUAGGAUUCGAUGAAGGCAAGUUGCAUUGUUAGUAUGAUUAGUUUUUUGCAUUUCAGGUUGCAAUAGAUUGCUUGAGUACUUUUGGAUGUGUAAAACGUAGGGCUGAAUUUUAUAAACAUUUCAGAGUUAUGUAUAGCUUUUCAAUUGAUUUUAUACCAACUUUUUCCCAUCUAAAAAUUUGAUUCAUUGACCGUGUAAAAAAUCUUUACACCGUCGGUGCAUUA